AUGUACAUCUUUCCAUUAACUCUCUCUCUCUCUGUCUCUCUCUCUCUCUCGUUUUUCCCUCUCAAGAGAGAGAGGGAGAGAGAGUAGUACAACAUUUUUGUCGUUCCAAUUAAUAGCUCUCUUUCUCUUCCAUCUCCUCCAGUCCCACACAUGUGUGUAUAUAUAUAUAUAGUAAAGAAGAGGAGAAGCCUCAAAGAGAAUUUUUCAUUUCGUGACCCUCGCCGUUAAUUUAUUGUAGCUUUAUCUCUUGAUCUUUUUAUUGGUGUUUUUUUUUUGAGUAAUUAGUUAAAGAUGAAUGAAGAAAACAAUAAUAAUAUGAGUAGAGAUGAAGCAGGUGAUGAUCACGAGCAUGACAUGGUGAUGCCGGGCUUUCGAUUCCACCCUACUGAGGAAGAACUUGUAGAGUUCUACCUUCGCCGUAAGGUUGAGGGCAAGCGCUUCAAUGUUGAGCUCAUUACUUUCUUGGAUCUUUAUCGCUACGACCCUUGGGAACUUCCAGCUAUGGCUGCUAUUGGGGAGAAAGAAUGGUUCUUCUAUGUCCCAAGAGACCGCAAGUAUCGAAACGGGGAUCGUCCAAACCGUGUGACAACUUCCGGCUACUGGAAGGCGACUGGAGCUGACCGGAUGAUUCGAGGCGAGAAUUCAAGGUCCAUUGGGUUGAAGAAAACCCUAGUUUUCUACUCCGGGAAGGCCCCGAAAGGGAUUCGAACUAGUUGGAUUAUGAACGAGUAUCGCCUUCCACAUCAUGACACAGAAAAGUACCAAAAGACUGAAAUAUCUCUAUGUCGAGUCUACAAGAGAGCCGGAGUAGAAGACCAUCCAUCUCUUCCUCGUUCGCUCCCUUCCAGGCCUUCCUCCUCAUCCUCAUCGAGAGGAUUGUCGGGGAAGAAACAUCCUCAUCAGGAGUCAUUGACAGCCCAUCUUGGCAUUCAAAGAGUGAAUGCUUUUGGAGCACAAUUGGAGAUGGAAAAGAUUACUACUACUACUGAAACUACUACAGAUUGUAGUAGUAGCUCAGAUGUCAGUACAGUCCUUGGCUCCUCAAAGCACAACUCGUACCAUCCAAUUCCGGCACCCCAAAUCAGUCCUUCACUUGGUUUGCCGGUGGUGUCAAUGGAAGAAGAAGGAAUGUUAAUCCUAAACCAAUCUAAGCUGCAGCAGCAUGCUCUACUUCCUAAUUGUCCUUCAACGACGAGGAAUCUCUUAACCGGCAUAGUAUCAAACGAUAAUAUAAUAGUUGAUGAUCUUCACAGACUAGUGAACUACCAGCAACAAGCUUCCUUGAACAUGAAUCAGCAUCAACAAUACUACUACAAUAAUCAUCAUCAAUUGAUCUCUACUUCUACUAAUUUGCUUCCGGAGCAUCCUCCAGUGCCCCUCAACAUGCUGCUACCUCCAGCAAAUUCACUUCCUAGUACCGCCUUUUCGGACCAGCUUUGGGAGUGGAACCAAGUCCCAGAACCAAAUAGAGACUACAACAACAAUCCCUUCAAGUAAUAUCUUCAGUUAAUUAACUUUUAUAUCUAUUUAGAGUUAGAGACAUAAUUUGAUGUUGCUAGUACUGAUCCUGAUAAUGUCUAUUGAUGCAUGUCAUAUGACUAAAUAUUAUUUCUUGUUUACUGAACUCAUAUAUAUAUAUAUAUAUAUAUAUAUAGGGUUGUUAUUUGAUGAUAGAUGACAUGUAUUCACCAACUUCUUGAAAUGAAUUUGCUUAUAACUCUAGUAAA